AUGAACACUGUUAAGAAGGUCAACUACAUAUACAACAUCAUCUACAAGUUCCCAAGCCCAGUUCUGGAUGAUCUUCUCAAGCUAGCUAAGAGGUCUCCCCCUAACAAUCUUGAUGUCUUUAGAAAGGAUUAUGGAAGGAUUUUAGGUUACCUAGAAGCUUCUCUCGGUGAAUACCAUAGGGAUGAUGUUCAUACCUUGCUACAGUUUUAUGAUUGCACUUUGAGAUGUUUCAUGUUUUCGGAUUAUCUGUUAGCUCCAACUUUGGAAGAUUAUUCCAGUAUCUUGGACAUCCCUAUCUUGCACCAAGUACCUUUUCAUGCUUCCAUGAAUAAACCUAAUGCUCCUCAGGUUGUCGCUGCUCUUUAUUUGAAUGAAUUUGUUGUGAAGGCUAACUUUAAGAAGAAAGGAAGUAUUUAUGGUUAUCAUUUGAGUUUUCUGUUGAAAGAAGUUGUUAGUAUGGCUGACAAGGAAGAUUGGAAGGCUUUCAAUGCUGUUCUAGCUUGUUGUAUUUAUGGGAUUAUGUUAUUUCCUGAUGAAGUGAAGUUCGUUGAUGAGAAUGUUAUUGUUAUCUUCAUUCAGAGGAAUCCUGUGCCAACUCUCUUAGGAGAUGUUUAUCAUUCCAUACACUCUAGGAGUUUUAAAGGGAAGGGUGGUGUCGUUUAUUAUUCUACGCCACUGUUAUACCAUUGGUUUAGAAGUCAUCUUGCUUGCCAAUGUGCUUUUGUUGAUACCCAAGACACCUUGAAGUGGUCCCAAAGCAUGAUGAGACUCACCUCCAAGGAUAUUGACUGGUACAAGCAUAGUUUGAGCAAGCCGGAAAGUAAAUAA